AUGUCUGGAGGCAGGACCUAUUCCUUUGACAAUGACGAUAACUACCACCAAUCCCAACAUCCUGCGUAUCGCGACUCUCCAUUAAGGGAUCCUAUCUCACCUCCUCCUCAAUAUCGCAGUCCCUCGCCUCAACCGCCCCAGCAAUUGAGUCCCACACACUCGCGGGGCUGGAGUCAAGAACGUGAACUGCAGAGACGUCCUAUACCAUCACAGUACACCGAUGAUUCACCGCCAUUGCCCCCGGCGCACCACGGAAGUCCCUCCUUGAGCAGAAUUGACACCAGUCAGGCAUAUAGGCCAACCUCUUUGGUGACACCGGGGAUGGAUAAUUUCUCGAACCGUGCAUACGGGGGUGGGUUGACGUCCGUCGCUCAAGGCGUCGCGGACGGCAAUGAACGGGAAAGCGGGUUAGAAGCGCUGCGAGCAAUGCCCGGCAAUGCGCCUGCUUCGUACGACCGCGAUUACCUAUCAAACGAUCCCUACAACCGCCCUUCGCCUGUCUUUAACAGUGAUCGAGCAUCCUACAGUUCUGUACCCUUGGCUGGCAAUGCAGCAACGCCCGGCUCAAUCACCCCAGAUCCUUACUCCUCACGUUACUCUGGAUACGACAUGCACCUCGAUAAUUAUCCUCCUCACCCCACGAUGUCGCAUCCCAGCUACCACGACUCACCCUAUCACCAUUCAAGCCUAAAUCAUAAUCCCGCCGUAAGCCAAGCGAGUGUGAACCCGCACGAUAUCGCAGACGAUGGUGACGAUGGUUUCAUGCCCGAACCUCAACGACGGAGCUUCAUGCCAAUGGGCAGACAGAGGAGCAGCGAGCGAAUGGGUUCCACCGCGGCUGCAGCAGGUGCCGGGGCCGGUGCUGGAAUCUUAGGAGGCAUGUUUGCAAAGAAAGCAAAGUCAAACUCGGACAUCUCAUACGAUGCUAUGCCUGGCGGCCAUAAUGGCUCGGGUCCUGAGAAGUCGGAGUGGCUUUCGCGCCAGAAGAAAGGCAGCAACAAGAUGAGGUGGAUUAUUGGCAUCAGCAUCGCGGCUGUUGUCAUUCUGGCCAUUGUUGGCGGUGUCGUUGGCGGCGUUCUCGGGUCCAAGAACAGCGGCUCUGGAGGCUCCGGUGGUGGUUCGGACGGCAGUGGUUCUGCUGCUAGUUCGACCUGGAAUACCGCUUCGGGCGAUCUGGCUGCUAACGGCGACCUUGACAAGAACUCCGCCGAGAUCAAAGCCCUACUGAACAACAAAAAUCUCCGCAAAGUUUUCCCUGCAAUGGACUAUACGCCGUGGGGCACACAAUAUCCGACCUGUGAGAAAUGGCCACCCUCACCAAACAAUGUCACUCGCGAUAUGGCCGUCCUUUCUCAGCUGACCAAUACGGUCCGUCUAUACGGUAUCGACUGCAACCAAACUGAGAUGGUACUACAUUCGAUCAAGCAAUUGGACCUUACGGACAUGAAAGUGUGGUUGGGUGUGUGGAUCGACACCAACCAGACCACCAACGACCGCCAGAUGAAGCAUAUGUACCAGCUCUUGACUGACUACACGGAUCACUCAAUCUUCAAGGGCGUCAUCAUUGGCAACGAGGCCUUGUUCAGGGCCGGCGAGUCCAAAUCCGAGUCUCAGCAAGAGCUUGCUGACUUUCUCGAUGAUGCUCGAGCGGAGUUCAAGAAGAACGGCUGGGAUCUGCCCAUCGCCACUUCCGAUCUCGGCGACAACUGGAAUAGUGUCCUUGUAAGCCAUGUUGAUUACGUUAUGGCCAACAUUCAUCCUUUCUUCGCGGGUGUUGAAGUACAAGAAGCAGCCGGCUGGACUUGGAGCUUUUGGCAAAAUCAUAACGUGCCUCUGACGGCCAGCAACCCCAACGUUGGGCAGAUCAUCUCCGAGACAGGUUGGCCGAGCGGUGGGGGCACAGACUGUGGUGGAGAAACGGGAGACUGUAGCCCUGGCCAGUCCGGUGCUGUCGCUAGCGUGGACGAUAUGAAUAUCUUCAUGCAGGACUGGGUUUGUCAAGCACUGGAGAAUGGCACCGACUAUUUCUGGUUUUCAGCUUUCGACGAGCCAUGGAAGGUUGCCUACAAUGAGCCUGGUAAGGAAUGGGAAGACAAAUGGGGCCUCAUGGACCCGGCAAGGAAUCUGAAGAAAGGCCUUGAGAUUCCUGAUUGUGGCGGCAAAACUGUUGUUGGCGUCGAUUUUUCGAAAAGUGGACAGACAUAA